UUCGGCUUUGUUGUACUAGUUCCAGUUCCGGAGCUAGUGAACCAAUAGCCAGCGGAACAAAAUAAAAACAUCUGUAGAUUAUAGGUUAAUUUGUUUUAUAAUAACAAAUGCGGGAAGUAUUCAAUUAAGAUGAGCAAUUUGCUGAAUUUCGCCCUGCGGCAGGGCGUCAACUCCAUUAAGCGCCUUAGCCUCCAGAGUUUCAGACUGGCAGCUCCGGCCAUUGUAACUAAAACGCCGGUCAGUUCCACGAUAAAGAGGUUCUCCUCCCAAGCCGCCCCCUUCGAUGUGAACACCAGUGUCCCCAAGGACAUAAUACUUUUUAAGUAUGAGAACCCCCGAUUCUACCAGAUGCUUAACUUUUUCGGGGUCUGUCAGUUUGUUUUCUGGACAUAUCUCUCGCACUUCGCCUUCACGACACUUAAGGAUGCUCCAGUGGUGGAAAAACCCGGAGAGGAGCUGAAGUGGUUCCAGCGCAUAAAUCUGGGCGAUAAUAAGUACAGAAAUGGCAUCACAGCCUGUAGCUUUCUGAUAGGAUAUGGCAUACUGUUUGCUGUCUGGAUGUUUACUCUGCGAUCGGUGCGUUUUCUUAUCUUGAGAAAGGGUGGUCAGAGCGUUUCCUUUGUGACCUACGGUCCCUUCAACCGCAAUCGCAUUAUGACCGUGCCAUUGAAGUGCGUCUCCGCCGAGGAAUCACGGAACAUGGCCAGGGUGCAGCUACCCAUUAAGGUGAAGGGCAAGACACUGUACUAUGUCCUGGAUAUGCGUGGCGAGUUUCGGAAUGCCGAGUUAUUCGAUUACACGGCGGGCCUCAAGCGCCGCAUUUAAAGGCCAAGUUUUGUUGUUUCGUAGCUUAUUAUUUGUAAAUAAAGGUGUACACUAAUUAAAAGUAAA